GAGCCUCUUCCUGCUGUCUGUCAUCGCGAUGAUGCUGUUCAGUAGGCUAGAUACAGGGCAGACGAACACGCUUGUGCCAGCUAAACGCCGGGAUCACUUUAAUCUAUCGUGACAUUGUCGGAUAAAACAAUUGUAGCCUACUUUCACCAAGAUUGUAAAGGAUUCAUGGUUCUCGUGAAACCUCUGCCGUUAGUCCGUGGCAUAUCCGUGUUUUAUUCUCCCAUUGAGAUGUGUAUUGAUCUUCUUUAAAGAUGUCGUCAUCCUGUAUGUUCAUGGGUCGGUUCGUUGAAGGGCAGAGAUGUGGAAGUGAAGGAGCUCGUUCAUCCUCUUCAUUAUAACGCCUCAUCUGUUGGAUACUAAUAUGGAAAACACGGGAUCACCGGUGGUCUCUCUAGAGCGGCAGGUGGAGGGUGUGGAGAGGAGCAUUGUCUUCCUUAGACAGGAACAGCUGUCUCUGCUGCACGGACUACACCUGGAGAUCCUGUCCCUCCAGAAACGCUGCACAGAACUCACACAAGAACUCAACUUGAAGCCCCCAGGCAGGAGCGUAGCAGAUGUGCAUGAGGAAGAAAAGCAGCUGGAAGCCCAUUGUCAGGAGGUGGAGGAGCAACUGCAGGACCAGCAGGAGGUCCAGAGUGACCUGAGAUGGGAGCUGAGCCAGAAGUCAGUUCUGGUGGGCGCUCUCCGGGCCAGUCUGAAGGAGAAGGAGCGGCGUUUCCUUGAUGAAUUAAAACACCGCAGCCACAGGACCACUGUGCUCAACACCGAGCUGCAGAAGCAGACAGAGGCGGCUGCAUACCUGUCCUUCCAGCUGCAUUCAGCAAAGCAGAAACUCGCGCAGCAGAGGCAGCAGCAGCAGCAGCAGCGGAGGAGGCCGGCCCAGCUCGGCACGGACAAGCCCCCUGUCCACCCUUCACCUCAGGCCAGCGCCAGCAGCCCAACAGUGAUCAAACCCAAACGGCGGAGCUCGAGCCGGCCCUCCUCGCACCUCCACAUCGAGCGUGCCAGGGAGUGCGUGCCGCGCGAGAGGGUGACGGGCCCCGAGGAGCCAAUGGCCAUGCCUGACCCCGCCCUCUUCCUGUACCCGUACAGACACAGAUCCCGGCCCCGUCCGCCACACAGACUCCCCCUGCAGGAGGCAGACGGAGAGGAUGCGGAGGAGCUCGAUCAGGGAGCUUCAGUGAGCAGACUGGCAACAACAGUAGCUAAAGCCACUGCGACCACUACAGAGAACAACGCUGAAUGAGCGUUUCUUUUACAGGUCGCCUCAACAACCUACUCCUUUUUAUGAUAUUUUCCCCUGAAUUGCACCUUGAGCCCUUUUGCAUUAUGACAGUGACAGAAUUGUUUAUAUUUGCUAGUUUUUUUUGUUUUUAUACACAGUUUGCACAUGCAGUGAUGAAUAGACAGAGGAGAGAUUCUUGCUUACGCUCUUGUUAAACCAAAAUUGAAGUUUAUGUUGCUGUAAAGCAUUUUUGUAAUCAAAAAUAACCCACGGUCCUCUAUACCGUUUCACGCAUCCUGCAUCUGCGGCAUUCGUUUUUUUCACUUGCAAUAUUAAGAGGUUACAGCCUUCACACUGACAUUUAUGCCACCCACACAUUAUAUUGCUAUUGUAUUUCACACUACAUAAAUAAAAUAGGCUAAUGAUUAUCAUUUACAUUGAUGAAUUAGUCACAGUAAGAUUUAUAACAUGCAUUUACAAAAUAAAAAGGUGAAUUUAAUUUCAUGUUGUCAUUAACCUGCUUAAUAAAUGUAGGAUAAAUAUCUCUCAAGAUCGCCUCGCCUAUUUGAAAAUUCACGCAUAUAGCCAUCGUUACUUGCGUGAACGAGCACCUAUUUACCUCUGAUUUCGUCCGCGAUUGCAAUUCACUGUUGGUGACUGGAAAACCAGGAAUAAAAUCGUGUAGUCUUAUGUAAGCUGCAUUACACGUCAUAUUAUAUUAUUAUAUCCUCUGGGUUCACAUCAGAAUCGAAUUGACUGUGAUCACUGACUG